AAAUCCAUCGAUGGCUUUCUUUUUAUAAUUUCAUUUGGCGUUUGAAGCUGUUGAACGGUUGAAGAAGAAGAAGAAGAAGAUGGUUGCAAACAGUUUUGAUUUGUGGCAGAAAGAUGCCUUCUUUUCUGCAGCUGAAGAGGUUCAAGAAUCUGCUGAUAUAAUGGAAUCAGCAUAUAGGAUGUGGAUCAAAGAGAAGAGAAAAGGGCUAAAAACUGAAGAUUAUGCUCAACUUUGUAGAGAAUUGCAAACUGCUUUAGGCACUGCUAAAUGGCAGUUGGAAGAGUUCGAGAGAGCGACACGAUUGAGCCGUGGACAUUGUCGUAGCGAUGAUACUACAGCAACUAGGCACAACCAGUUUAUCGCCGCCGUCGAGAGUCAGAUUUUCCGUGUAGAAGCGGCAUUGAAAGAAUCAUUUUCCGAGGAGGGGAAGCAACCCCUCCGGUGGGUUAAUUUGGAUGAAGAAGAGUGUGAUGAUUUAGCGAUCUUCCUCUCUGGAACUUCGCCGACACUGCAAGCAUCUGCCAAGAACACUCGUAUGGAGAAUCACCAUAAGAGAAAAGACGCAGAUUCCGAUUUCGAUGCUACUUGUGACGGAGAUACGUCUGAAGUGAAAGUUGCUAAAGAUUCUAGUAAAGAUGCUGAAUGCAUCAUCGAUGUAGGAGACGUCGAAACUUCCGGUGUAAGUUGUGGACAAGAGAGAGCAACCGGUACAAGGAGAACAUGGAGUUCACCGAAUUUCGAUGCACUGCGAAUAGUAAUCGCUGAUGAAUACGAUAAUAUAACCCGAGUCGGGUCAGGCAUCGAGUCCACACCUAAAGGAAAAGGAUCGAAGCAGGUAAAGAACCAGGGCAGGGGGCAUCAUUUACUUUGUUCCUUUCUUUAUACUGAUUUCAUGCCAUGCUACAUUUCUUGUAUGAUCAACAUCUUGUGCACGAAUAUUUGCCAAGUACUUGGGGAACCUAAUAAACGUACUAUAUCGCAGUGCUCUGGCUGCGCCGACGGGUUAUUACGACAUCUGCAAAGUCCGUCGAGGACUUUGUACGAUCGAGCUGCAAGGAUCAGGAAUUACGUAAUACGAUCGAUGGAGCGGCUGCUACGUGCUGUUGAUCAAGAGCGAGAGGUAAAGUGUUGGAUCGAUUUCCCCAGGCAUCGGAUUUCCAUUGGGGGGGGUGAAGAUUGCGAGCCUGAAUCUCGUUCCCGGUUUGUUUUCAAGAUCGGGGUGAAACGGCGUCUCGAGCUUGCUCGGACAAGAAAAGUUACAUAUGACUAUCCAUAA